AUGGAUGAGCAAACCAAGUCAAAUUUGAAAGCGAUUCCACUUUGCCGAACGAAAGCCAGUCCUCGUGAUGGAGAUUUAUGGAUUGAGCGAUUAAAAGAGGAAUACGAAUCGAUUAUCAAGGCAGUGCAGAACAAUAAGGAAAAUGAUCGAGAUUGGUUCAAGCUUGAGUCUAACAAUGAUGGUACGAAAUGGUUCGGAAAAUGUUGGUACUACCACGAUAUGGUCAAGUAUGAAUUUGAUGUUGAAUUCGAUAUUCCGAUCACCUAUCCGGUGACAGCGCCAGAAAUCGCGCUGCCCGAGCUCGACGGCAAGACUGCAAAGAUGUACCGCGGCGGUAAAAUCUGCCUAUCGGAGCAUUUCAAACCACUCUGGGCUCGAAAUACCCCAAAAUUUGGUAUUGCUCACGCGUUCGCUCUCGGUCUCGGACCGUGGUUGGCCGUCGAGAUUCCUGAUCUCGUCGAGAAGGGCCUCAUUCAACCAAAAACAUAA